UGGGGAGCAGACACAUGCUACUGGCAUGAUCAUUAUGAUGGGUGUACGUAUACAGUUGGGUCAGGGUCCGUGUACACGAUUUACUUAAGCAUACAUAAAUAAGAACGGGGAAUGAGGUGUUCGGCAGUACCCAAAACCCAACCAUGAUAAAUAAAACAAAGUCCAAUUCCAGUGUAUGUAUGUGGGGAGGGACGCCACGGAGAAGAGAUUUGCUACCGAUGCGGAAGCAAUGCCCAGUCACGCGUGAGCUAGAGCCUGAGGAAGAGGUGAGGACAGCGCCGAUGCGACGCCGGAAUUUUCGCUUUGUGAGGGGCACAAGUAUGUUGUUUGAUCUGUAGCUGAACAGAAGAUCGCUAGGGCCUGGCUUGUUGAUGAGGAAGUGAACGAAAAGGGCAGAGCAAGGGUCAGUCACACCUCCCUGCCUGCUGAUAAAGAUGUCAUCGCCGACAUUUUUCUUAGUUUCUGUCAAGGGGAGGAACAGGACCUGUGAACUGACAGACAACGAAGGGGCGCGCAGGUAGGAGGUAGACAGCCACUGGCCGGGCUUGGCCCCAGAAGGCCACGAAAGCCGUUGCGAGGCAAGCGGUGUCAAAUGGAUCCACGGAAUUGAGGUUGCGGUAUGUCCGAAACGUUGACCUACGGUAUCAGACGUGCUAUGAUUGAAUGGUACUCGGGGUCUGGGAGCGGUGAGGGAAAGAGCUUAUGGCUAAAUGUUCACAUCGAUGGCAUUUCUGAUUUGUUCAUUGCUGUCUAUGAUGCCGCUACAAAACAUCAACCUACAGGCAGCCAGGUUGGUCAUGGUCCGGAAGGGUUAUACUUCGGAGAAAUUGGCGAACAUAGGCUGUACGACAUCAGCAAGACGGUAUCGCAGGAAAAGAGCCCAAAACCGACAAUGUUCACAGAAGAAAAACUGCACAAAUAUUUCGAGCACUUAAGGGCAUAUAUGGUCUCGAACUCACGUUGUCAUGCCGAGCGUUCGCGGUCCAUAGGGUACACAGCGCAGGAUAUGCUGGCAAGCAUUAAACCGGAAAUCGAAGCGUCGCUCAGCGGGUGAUUUACAUGAGAGCUCUGAGGAUAACAAGGACGUAUAAUGAAUUCGGUUGUAGUUAGAGAGAUAAGAUAAGAUAGGGAGAUAUAAGGACUAAUAAGUAAAUGUGGUUCUUGUAA